AUGACAAUCGACGAAUCGCCGUUUGAUAUCCCCUUUGAUGAACUCCCCAACCCCCGACAAGUGUGGCCUGCAAAACCCGGCAGCUAUGAAGAAGGGCUCGGGAAAUUGGCCAUCCUGACCCCGGAAGUCGUUGCGAAGGCCGCCGCCAGCGAGAUCAAAACCGGCCGACGAGUGACGAUGGGAUGGGAUCUGAACAAGCUCGACUAUCCUAAUUUGAACCGCCAGCCAUGUGAGCACAGGAUCGUUCCCCUCCUGGGAGGCGUGGCCUAUGAUGAUAUCUAUACUAUGAACCCACAACAGAGCAGUCAGUGGGAUGGCCUGCGGCACUUCUCGCAGCCUGUCCCUGGACAGAAGCAGCGUUUGUUCUACGGCGGCACGACAUCCGAAGAGAUCAAUGACCGGACGAAUGACCGGAUUGGCAUGCAGCACUGGGCGCGGGAGGGAAUUGCCGGACGCGGCGUCUUGAUCGAUUACGCCACCUGGGCCGAGAAGAAGGGCAUCAAGUACAGCACCUUUUCGACACAUCAGGUCCGCCUGUCGGAUCUCCGCGAGAUCGCCGAGGAAUGCAACCUCACCUUCCAGAAGGGUGAUAUCCUCUUCGUCCGCGUGGGCGUGACCAAGGAAUGGGACACGCUCAUGACACCGGCACAGAAGCAGCAGUACUCUGAGAACCCAAGCCCCGAGCAUGCGGGGGUCGAGGCUACGACCGACAUGCUCCGGUGGCUGUGGGAUUCGGGAUUUGCGGCGAUUGCCAGCGAUGCGAUAAGCUGGGAGGUAUACCCCCCUCAAUCAGAGGUGUUCCUGCAUGAGUAUGUGCUCGCGGGGUGGGGAAUGCCCAUCGGGGAGCUGUUCGACCUGGAGGCCCUGGCGCGCACCUGCCAGGAUCUUCAACGCUGGAGCUUCUUUGUGGCGUCGGUACCGUUGAACAUGCCCGGCGGGGUAUCUUCUCCGCCAAACAUCAUGGCCAUUUUCUGA